CUUGAAACAGAGCUUAUAACUAAGUAAUAUAUAUAGAUAUAUAUUAAAACCUAAUGUUAAUCCUAUGAUAAAAGAGGCGUUCUAUGUAAAAAGAUAUCAGGACUAAUCCUUCCUCUCGCCACGCAAACGAUAGCAAUAAGAGGCGUCUUAUUAUCCAGAAGCUGGUAACGGUACAGUGUGUUAGAAAUUAUAUGGCAGAAGCUCUAGAAGGCCAAUGAUUCGCCGCCGAAUGGGGAGACUUGCAGAAGCCACUCAGCCUGGGGUCAAUGCAUAGUGCCAUGCUAUCACCUUGCAACACGCAGCCUUGUGAGAGACUGUGGGAGCUGAGCCUCGAAGUCUACCCAGUGACGUGUCAUACAAGCUACGAGGCACAAGAACAGUUUGGUCUUUGAUGCGCAGACCUGAGAUCACCGCACAUCAGACAUACCUAUUCCGACAACCUUGGUGUUAGAGGGCUUCCAAUAUCGAAUCACAAUGACUAUAUUGAUAUCGCCUGAGUCCACGGCCAAUGGAACUCUAGCGAAAAGAGACGACUCGGAAGUAUUUAGGAGCAAAGGUGAGCAAGGCGAGCUAUUCCAUGCCAACACCGGGUAUGAUGGGCAGGCUUUGCAUCCAGGUAGCGAUGAUCGGUACCACUCGUUCGCUUCUCAGCGUGGAGCAUGCAACGCAAAAUGGUACACUGACACCUGUGCAUACUUUUGGGCUCUAUCAAUUGCCAUAGAACAAGCUCGGCAUGAUGUCUGGAUCAUGGGGUGGUGGCUCUCACCAGAAGUGUACUUGCGGAGACCCCCAGCAAAGAACCUACUGUAUCGCCUUGACCGUAUGCUUAAAGCAGUGGCUGAUAGAGGAGUGAAAGUGAAAAUCAUCAUAAACAACGAUUCCGAAGACGGCUUGACAAGUAAUUUGCCAAUCCUUUCUUGGGCGUCAACUUGUUCUGACUGCUGCACAUGAUUUCAGAUGUCUCUUUACAAACAAAACUUGCUCUUGAAGCUCUGCAUGAAAACAUUGUGGUAGUCCGACAUCUGUAUCGUGUGAGUAGCCAAUGUUUCUGCUCAACCCCAAGAAAAUGGAGAGGACACAGGAGUGUAAUAUUUACUCAUCUGGGAGUCCUUAGCCAGAAGAUUUGUCAGAAACUCUGAAGGAAAGCGGCGUCAGCUCCUCGUGUAUACCAAAUACAUAUUGGUGCAACCACGAAAAGCUUUGUAUCGUUGAUGGAAGGAGGGCUUUCAUGGGAGGUGUUGACAUAUGCUUUGGUCGCUGGGACACAAAUGCCUAUCCGAACGCCGAUGCUCACCGAAACAAUUCCGAGGAUCUCUUGUAUCCUGGUCAGGACUUCAUGAAUGCUCGAGCAUUUAACUUUACAGCACCAGAUCACCCGAAAGAAACCAGGCUCAAUCGGAACACCGACUACAGAAUGGGAUGGACUGAUCCAGCAGUAUGCCUUGAGGGUCCUGUUGUUCAAGAUCUGGUUGCCCAUUUCAGCCAGCGGUGGAACUUUGAACGAGAGCGGAGCGGCGAGGCAGGUCUGCAAGCUAGGCUCUGUAGGCCGCCGGCCUGGGACCGGGAUCGAAAUGAAAAAAUAGCUACUGCCCAUGCUUCGAUGGGUUAUCAUGACGACCAGGAAAUCACCCAAUCUGUGAUGUCAAGUGCGAACCACACAGCUGGGAAAGCAUCAGCGUGGGGUCAAAAAGAAGAAGGAACUCAAGCUGCCAUCUCUGUGCAGAUUGUCCGCAGCAUCUGUAAAUGGAACCAUGGAACAACAACUGAGCAUUCAAUUCUCGAUGCUUACCUCGAUAUCAUCGAAAAAAGUCAACAUUUCCUGUAUUUUGAGCAGCAAUACUUCAUCACUGCGACAACAGAGGAGCAGUAUCCCGUACGAAACAAGAUUGGAAAAGCCAUUGUGGACAGGAUCCUCCGAGCCGCGAGAGCGAAACAGAGGUUCAAGGUCAUUAUCGUGAUGCCUGCUGUUCCAGCAUUCGCAGGGGACAUCCAAUAUGACUCCAGUCCUGGAACUCUAGCGAUAAUGGGUUUCCAGUUCAAAUCCAUCUCAAAGGGCGGAAGUAGUAUAUUAGAGAAAAUCAGAGAAGCUGGCUUUGUUCCCGAGGAAUACAUCUCAUUCUUCAAUCUUCGUAGCUACGAUCGGAUCAACCCUGGCACCUCCCCAGAUGUCCCCAAAAUAUCUGGUAAUGUCAAUGGUAAUGCCUUCUGUGGAAACUUUGAGAGAUCAGUUGCUAACAGCCGUACUGGUUCUGGUGAGGAUCCAACUGCUACAUCUUUGCACCCAGAAUCCGACGCCGCACAACACCAGCAGACCCAAAGCGCUCUGACACCCUCAUACGACAGUAUCAGCUCCGCCUACUUGCUUGACGGACCUGCUUUUAGCUCUAUCACCCUAAAGAAUGGAAAUGUUGACGAAAUUGAGACUUACGUUUCUGAAGAAGUAUACGUUCAUAGCAAGCUUCUGAUUGCUGACGACCGAAUAGUGAUCAUCGGCUCUGCAAACCUUGGAGAUCGCUCAAUGAUUGGGGACCGUGAUUCCGAACUCGCAGUAGUCAUUGAGGAUUCCAUCAUGAUAGACAGUCAGAUGAACGGAGAGCCUUUCAAGGCUGCCCGUUUUGCUGCGAGCAUGAGGAGAAAUCUGUUUCGGAAACACCUUGGUCUAGUACAUCCACAAGAUCCUACGAAGCCAGAUGACAAUUCUCUUCCGAUCGAUAAAUGCGAGAACAUGUAUGACUGGGGUUCCGAUCCAGAUAUUCUCGUCACAGAUCCACUCUCCAACGAUUUCGAAAAUCUGUGGUCCCGGACAGCCCGCAUCAACACAGAGAUAUUUGAGAAGGUCUUUAGACCAGUACCGAGCAAUGCAGUAAGAGAUUGGGAGCAGUAUCACGAAUACUACGGAAGGUACUUCGAUGUGGAGAAAGGGAGCAAAAGAAAACCAAUGCUUCGAUACGGUCACGUCUUCAAAGAAAACUUUCCAGAUGGCGUUCAAGAUCUCGAAAAUGAGCUUGAUAAAGUGAGAGGUACACUUGUGGAGAUGCCUUUGGGCUUUCUCGCUGAGGUUAAAGACCUAGAGAGAGAAGGAUUCGGCGAUCAGCCUUUCCAGGCUGAGUUGUAUACAUGAACAACGACGAUGUCUCUAGACUACUUAAGGUCGCGGAUGACAGCGGGAACUGCCUGCUAGGUUUUUUCAGUCCAAUGACAAAUUUCUCACGGCC